GGGUCGCAACGCGAGAGAUUGACCUUGAAACUCUGACUUCAUCGUUCCAAACCUCUCGUUUUUCUCAUAAGCACUCCGGGUAUUGCUGUUCUUUUGGAUAAUGUCCUUAGAUACGGCGAUGAUAUGAUUAGGAAUCAGCCCAUUUAACACUUUCUUCAUGGAUACGCCACUCACCCAGGCUGACGCUGUGCGCAGCGCCGUAUCGUCCGUCGCGACAUGCUCGCCCGCGACAUCCGCCUUGCUCAAAACCCUGCUACUUCCUAAGGACGAGACAUCGACCGUCAACGAGAGCAACGCCCGAGCUGGCUCGAAGGCUGCGCACCCGGCUAGAUCAAGAGCGAACACGGUUGCGAGAGGCCCGUCAAAAGGCGCCAAAGCCGCUCCGCCUGCAGCCGAAAAUGGCUUGUCUGUCCGGGACAGGGCGGCACUGGCAACGCACGUUGUCAAUGCCACGCUCAAGGCACUCGGAGAAGCCGCAAAGCCGACAUCAGCCCCCGCAGAGCCCGCAACGCCCGCAAAGCGACCCGCCGACGAGCAGGACCUGGUCAAAUCAGCAACGAAAAGGACCCUCCAGCGGUCGAGCUCGGUGCCCAUGACGCCCCUGCAGCCCCGCUCGCUCAACCGAACGUCGACCACGCCGAUUUCCCCCAUGCACGCACGCUCACCGUCCAGAUCGUCGACUACUGCAAACAUCCUAGCCACUGUCGAGUGUGCCCGUGUGGCCCUGGCGGCCCUGCGCCAGUUAGCCGCCACGGGCAAGAUCACUCUUGCAGAACUGCAACUCGAAACUGGGAUGUCGGCGCUGGUUGGCAGACUGAUUUCCCUGAACCUUCCAGAGCAGGCAAUCAAAGAACUGCGGAUACUGAAGAAGAGGCUGGAUGGUGGCCUGGCUCCUGAGGCGAAGAAGUCAGCAAGGGUACACAAUGCGGAGCCCAAGAAUGCCGCCCACGUAUUCUCGGAUAUUCUCGACUAUGGUGAGGUGAAGGCAUCGGGACCGAAGCUUCUUUUGGUUAUCACAACGCAAAUCCAGGCAUUGCGGAUUCUCGCAAUGACGAAGAAGCCGUCAGCUAUCGAGGCAGCGGUUCCAUAUCUCCGACAGGGCUACGCCUCUUCACCACUAAGCCUGCUGCGAACAGCAGUACAUGAAGAUGGGGCCGACGUUGGGAAAAUUGCUCGACAGAUGGAAACGGUUGCGCAGUGCCUCCUCUCACUCACUCCGAACGUGUCCGGCAAAGACGACGGCUUGGCACAGGAGUCUCGACUCAGCAUCUCUCCAGCAUCUGCGUUCGAGCUGCAGGCACUAGCGCUGGAAGCCCGGCUGCACUGGUGGGGGAUGGUGAAGCACGAGGGCGAUGCCGAAAAGGACAUCAUAACUCCAUUGUCGCGAUGUCUCAGCGCCUACAUCCGGCGGACCUCGGAAAGCCCCAAAUCCAGCUAUGCUUUCUGCUCAGACAUCUGCAACCGCAUCAACAAGCAGCUCCACAGUCAGUCUCUCCAUCCCUCGAGGGGGUCGAGGCUCCCCUUUGCCAGCAUAUGCCAGACGCUGCUCACCUUGGCACGCGAUGCCCAACAAACACGGGACGCCAUCAUGUGGGCAACCAGACUCCGUGGAGCGAUGAGCCCGGACGACGAAUCGAUCGCCAAGACGUGUUCGAUUGCUGCUCAGUUGCUCUCGCUCCAUCUGAAACAGCCGGCGACAUACCUAUCCGAUGACCAGCUUCUCAAAGAGGUGGUCGCCGGCAUUCAGGGUCCUCUGCGGGGAGAUACUACGGAGCUGGACGAGCUCUUGACCAACAUCUGCGCAGCCCGGAAAGCGGCCAUGCAGGUCUUACUCACCGUGAUCAGGGGAGAUAGCGCCUUCCAACCUUCGCCGGCGAUGAAGGAGCUUCUGGAGACAUUCAUUCUUCAAUGUCCGCGGUUCUGCCUACGGUGGCUCGGCAAACCCCCCGGGCCCAAAGGCAGCACUAAGGACUACAUUAGAUACGAACAACGACGGCAGCUUAUGUUGCAGUACCUUCAGCAUAUCCUUGACUCGGCAUUCAUGAUCAUCAAGUCUUGCUUGGAACAAUCACGACUCUCGUGGGAGCUUAUGGAUUCCGUCCUCAGUGACUGCAACACGCUCUUGGAGUACACGGGGAACAUAGGUGCAUCGGAUGUUUCGGCAUCGUACUAUGUCAAAAUCUCGCAUUUUUACUACUUACAAUACAGUUGCCUGCGGCAACGGUCGGGCGAUCCGAAAGACGUGGCUCCCCUGCGCGCCUUGCGCCGCUCUGUCGAGUGCGUCAAGAACCGGACGAGCGCGGAGAAGGAGAAGGCGCAGCUCAUUCUGAAACUGGAGCGGAUGGCGGAUCUGUGUAGGACACUCGGCAGGGCGGAGGAGGCACUCGGUGCACUCCAAACCAUCCGUGCCAGUCUGCUGGAAGAUGGCAUCCUGCAGUCGGUUGCAAACGCCCUCUCAACCGAGUCGCCUGCCGUCGCCUGGUUCAACAACGGAAAAGCGGAUGCCCUCUCGCGUGCACUACUGGCUAUCGCCAAGAUGGAGCCUGUGUGGAUCGACUGGACCGUGGAUCUCUCCGAGGCGGAAAGGGCCGCGGCGCUCGAACACCGGCUGCGAUUCAUCGUGCUGAAGGAAGGGGCUAAGAACGGUGAUGUCACAUUGGAGCACCCCGUUGUCGACGCGCUACUACGGAUAUACAUCCCCACUCGGUAUCCUAUCCGGCGAUUUAGGGUGCUCCUCCUCCUGCUCUGUACCGCCCUGGGGGAUUCUAUCAGGGCUCCAGAGCUCCUUUCGGUCGUUAAGGACGCCGCACAGGUCGAGGAAAAUGGUGACCUCCGCGAAGACUCGGGCUUGUUAGGAUUUGUUCCGCACCUCAAGGCUCUUUACGACUCGUUGGCUGCGGCGAUCCACGCAUACCAAGACUAUCAGGCACUGGAGCGCUCCAUCUCGGCUUGGCGCGGUAUUCUGAAGGCGUCGCAGGACAGCACAACCUUAGAGAAGGCGGUCGACGAUGUUCCGGGUUUGUUAGGGCACCUCCAGUCCGUUGCGGACUUUCUUCACAUGAAGGGUCGCGACGGCAUGCUUGCAACCGUGCUGGAGCUGAUCGCGGACCUGGCGCGAGUCGCGCAGGGACCAAGGCCAGAAGACGUUGCCGAGCACAGCUCUUGUCUGGCGCUGCAGUACACCAGCCUCGGCCAGUCGUCCAAGGCUGAGCAGGUGUUCCUGAACACGCAAGAGUAUAUCGGAGAUCAACUCCGUGGCGAAGCUCUUGCAAAAUUCCACCUUGCCUUCGCCGAGCAUUCUCUUGCGCUCAACAAUUUCCGGCAAGCCGAUGAGCACCUCUCUCAGGCACAGUUGGCUUUGAGUACCGAGUCCGUGCCUCGGAGGCAUGACAAGGUGGAAAGGAGUCGACUCAUUGCAAACGCUUGCUACCUACACUCUCUCGUUGCCCUGGAACGCGGAGACUCUCACUAUGCUCUGGUUUACUCCCGAGACAGCGUUCGCAUUCUCUUUCAGGAUUGGGUCAAGCUCGAGUCUCGACUGGUACGCCAGGCCUCCCCGGAACAAAGCCAGCUGGAGGAUCACACCCUUGAUGUCUCGGCGGUAGAUCUCAUGGGCGAAAACCAACAGCACAGCACCGGUCCUGAGUUCUGGAGGUUGUUUCGGUGCCUCUAUCGCAAUGUCUUCCGGCUCUCUUCGCUGUACGCCCAUCUUGGCAUGUUUCAGGAGACCAUGUAUUACGCGGAGCAGGCGCUAAAGAUGGCGAAGAUGGUGGGCUCGGAGUUCUACAACGCAGAGUGUGCCGCUUGGAUCGGAUCGGUCUCUUGGAGAGCCGCCAACAGUGCCAAGUCGCUCGAGAUGCUGCAGCAUGCUGCGGCUCUGCUACCUGACGACCAUCAGUCGUACUCCGCUGCAACGCUCGCCUGCCAGAUUAGCUCCAUGUACCUAUCGCAAGACAGGUUUGAAGAGGCAGGGCUUCUCCUUGCAAGGGCUGAGACCAUCGCGCAAAGCCUUGCGACGGCCCCGGCCGCUGACGAGCAACCGGCUGAUGCAGCGGCCAACGAGAACAAGACGGCAAAGCUCAGCACAGCUCAGAAACCGGCGAGAGGCGGGCGCAAGGCUCCUGCUAGGCCUGUCAGGCGGGCACCCGUGAAGAAGACCAAGGCGCCAGUCAGCACAAAAGCGGUGGCGGCUGCUGCUCCGAAGCCGCCCGCGUCGUCCGUGGAGAACGCUCAACUAGCCAAACUCUGGGCGUCGAUCCUCGUUCAAAAAGCCAUCUCCAAGUUGCGCCAGAAGGAGUGGGCAGCAGCCCAGGCAGUCCUCGCAGAAGCCAAGGCGGCCUCCAAGGCCUCGGGGCUCCUGCCCACUCGACACGUUGCCAUGGCAUCGUGCCUGGUGGGCAUGAGCAUGGAGCAGAUGGCCCAGGAUCCCGUGUUCUCCGUGAUCCAAGAUUCCACCAUCUCCUUCCCUGCACUCGCGGGUUCCGACAAGGCUUCGCCAGCUCGCCCGUCCCCGCUGAAGGUCUUGUCACCCACCAAGAAACCACGAGGCGCCGCGCCUGCGGGUCAAGGAGAAGCCGCCAGGGAGACAGGUUCACGGCUCUACGUGGAGCACCUGCGCGAGGCUCAUGAUUAUCUUCUUGAAGCGCACUCGAUGGCAGCUCUCAGCGGGGACGCCAGCUUGAUCCAUAGGAUCUCGGGGAUGCUCCAGAAUGUAGCUCUGUUCCUCGCGGCAACGUCAACCAAGGCCAAAGCCGCCAUCCAUUCCGCCCAGACAUCGUACUCGGUCGAACUCGCCCGGAAUCUCACAUGGCGGCGUGAACGAAAGGCACUCGUCCAAGAAAAGAGUGCGCCCAAGACGGACGGACUCGAGUGGCCGCCCGCGCUGCACUCUGCGAGCACCCGACGCUCGAGUCUAGGAUUCAGCGUCGACCUGCACAAGAUUCAGCGGGACUACAUUGACAUUGUCCCGGCGUCCUGGAACGUGAUCUCCAUCUCUCUCAGCGACGGCAACCAUGACCUCUGCAUCACGAAGCUCCAGGCUGGGCAGACCCCGUUUGUCAUCCGUCUUCCCUUGGAGCGGGCAACUUCGCGCGACGCGGACAGCGACGUCUUCGACUUCCAGCAGGGCCGCGCUGAGCUUCUCGACAUCAUCAAGCUGGUCAACAAGACGUGCCACGACUCCAGGGACAUGACGGUCAAGGGUGCCAAGAAUGCGUGGUGGGCCGAGCGCGAGGCACUGGAUGGGCGCCUCAAGGAUCUGUUGAUGAACGUCGAGAAGAUCUGGCUCGGCGGCUUCAGGGGCAUCUUCUCGCAGCACAUGCGCCGCCCGGAACUGCUGGCGAGGUUCCAAAGGGACUUUGUGACCGUCUUGGACAAGCAUCUUCCCUCCCGACGGCAGGUGCGCGGGAAGAAGACAAAGGCCGCACAAACGCCUCGCGUGACGCUGGACACGAACGUGCUUGAGUUAUUUAUCGGCCUAGGCGAUGCUACCCAGCCCGAUUGCGACUUUGACGAGGAGCUGACAGACCUGCUGUACUUCGUUGUGGACAUCCUCCAGUUCUACGGCGAGCGGAACGCCUACGACGAGAUCCCCUUCGAUGCGAUCGCGGUCGAAACGCUGGAGGCCCUCCACGCCUACCACACUGCCGCCAACGCGGCCGAGGAGACCACUCCCAACGUACACACCAUCCUCCUCUUGGACAAAGCCCUGCACAUCUUCCCCUGGGAGUCCCUCCCCUGCAUGCAAGGCCUCGCCAUCUCGCGCAUGCCCUCGCUCGCCUGCCUGCGCCGUCUCAUCCUCGACCGACGACAGCGGUGCACCGCCGACAAUGACGGAUGGGAUGCCGCUCCGGAAGGGGAGGGCCAUCACGCAUCCCUGAAAAAAGGCACCUACAUCCUCAACCCCUCCGCCGACCUCGUCUCGACGCAAUUCACCUUCUCCCAGGCCCUCGACACGCACUUACCCUCCUCGUCAGCCGACUCCUCAUCGUGGAAGCGCAUCAUCGCCCGCCCACCGACCGAGGCCGAAUUCUCCACGGCGCUCACAGACUCCGACAUCCUGCUGUACUUCGGCCACGGCUCCGGCGCGCAGUACAUCCGCGGCCGCACGAUCCGCCGGCUCGAUCGCUGCCGCGCGACCGUCUUGCUGAUGGGCUGCUCCAGCGCCGCGCUGCUCGAAGCAGGCGAGUUCGAGCCGUCCGGCCCCGUGUGGAAUUACAUGAUGGCCGGCUGCCCGGCCGUGGUGGGCACGCUGUGGGACGUCACGGAUCGCGAUAUCGAUCGGUUUGCCGCUGGUGUGUUGGAGGGUUGGGGGGUCUUGCCUAGGGGCGCUGUCAAACUUGAUGAGCGUGGCAAGGGGAAGAGUCAUAGGGGUGGGAAGGGAAGUGAAAGUGCGGUUGCAGCAAGUACGGGAGGUGGAUAUGGGAAUGCGUCGCUUGUGGAAGCGGUUGCUAGGGCUAGAGAGGAGAGGUGCCGGUUCCGCUAUGUCACGGCUGCAGCGGCGGUGGUGUAUGGGAUUCCGGUUUAUGUGGAGAGGUGAUGAGCUCGACUUGUUUGUGUAGUAUUCUGUCUGUGUUUUUAUAUCCUGUUCUUUUGGGCUCUUUCUGGGUAUGGUAGGGUUGGCAUUAGAAGGAGGGAGGGAGAUGGAGUUUUGUACUGUACAGUUACAUGUACAGAUGAGGUGAGUAACUACAAAGGAUGGCGACUGAGUAAUGACGCAUUGGAUGUGCUGUACAUACAAAGUGAGCAGCAUAUACCUUGCUAGGUCGAUUGUGUAUACAGCCACGGGGUCAACGGACGCGGAGUCCUGGUUCAUAAGCCUUGUUAGAUGAGAGAUAGACAGGAAUAUUGGUGUUGAGUCACGAUUCAUGUUUGAUAAUGGAAGUCUGUAAUAAGGGCGCCGUUCUGAGGAUGUUGUUGGAUUAGCACCCUCCGAAUUCAACCAUGCCCG